AUGCAAAAAUAUUCCAGUUGUCAAAAGGACUUCUUCAAGUUCGAGAUAGUAAGAGCUCCACUUGCGACCUUUGACACCAUUGAUCUAGGCUCAGAUGAUGAUUCAAGUAUCCAUGUUCAACAUUCUUCUCUGAGUGAUAGAUCGUUCCCCACUACCUGCAGCCAAUCUAGUCGUGAUAGUUUUGAUUCCACAGGUGAAAAUAGUAGUUUUGAUCAUAACUCUGACUGUCCUGGUAAUUCCCAGUAUUCUGAAAGUGACAGCGGAACAAGUACACCUACCAACGAACCAGUGGAGUUCAUUUCAACUGACAGACUGAAGAAGCAAGUUUUAAGAGAGAGAUUAAAUACCGAAAUUAACAUCAUUGAACGAACAAGACCUUCCGUUGUGGCUGAACCAGCUAUUGUUCUAAAGCUCGACGCCAAUAUUUCUGACAAGUUCAAGAAGAAACGUUCAAAUUCUUCAAGCUCUGAUUCCGAUUCUGAUGUUUUUACUUUUGAAAAUAUACAGACUCGCCAUAAGAAAAAUGCAUCGAAUAAUAUUGAUGGAAAAGACCUUCAAGACAAGAGCGUGGACCCAGUGAAUUUAUCGCCAAUUCUUUUAGAUCCUAGUCAAAUUAAAUCACCUUCGAAGCGUAAAGCGUAUGAAAAGCGUCUACAACGUCUUCAAGUGACGACUUCUCCUAUAGCUAGACCUCGUAGUACAACGCCUAUUAAUGUAGUUACUUUAGAUGAAUAUAUAGCAAGUUCCCCAGAAUUUUCACCCACUACUGAGAAACUUAAGAUAGUGUUGCCUGCUGAUGAGUUUACACCUAAACCAAAAACUCCUCGAAAAUCAACUAGAAAAGACUCUGAGAGUGAUUUUAAUGAGGAACUGCUAUUUAGUCGUAGUAAAUCUGCUUUAGUUGUUGAUCAAGCUGGACAUCUACCGGUAUCUCCAAAAAGAGUUUUAAUACCACCUAAUAUAUCACCAGCUACUUCCCCAAAGAUUUCUCCUGCAUCCAAGCUAAAAUUAGAAAACCAGGGAUCCACAAAGUAUGUUUAUAUUCGAUCUCCAACUCAUGCCAUCUCUCCAUUAGCUACAGGAGAGGAGGAAAAUUGGGCGACGUUUCCAGACACGCCAAGUACUUUAGGACAAUCCAAUAAGGACAAUGUUAGAAGUGAUCCUAGUGAUAUUGAUAUGUGUGAUGUAGGAGAGGAAGUUUUAACUGUAAAUAUUGAAAAUAAACCAAACUUGGGACAGUGUAAUAUAGAACUAACAUUAUCAGCUAGUAAUAGUAGUAACAGUAUGAACCCCUCUCCUGACUCUUCCUCAAUCGUCACAACGACGAACCCUCUAGGUCAAGAUCACACUGAGUCUGAGUUAGAUUUUCCCAUGGACACAAGUGAAGAUGACACUGGUAGCAGCAGUAAUAAAAAUGGUAGUUGUAGAACACCUGAUAGUGAUCAGUAUUAA